AUGUCUGUAGCGGGUCUGGUGUUGGAGCGCUUCCAGGUGUGCGUAUUGCCCACCGAUGCCAGUGAGAGGGCGUGUCUGAGGGGUCAGCUACAGCUGGUCAUAUUCACCCGGGGCGUGGGCGUGGCCCGGGUGGGCGACUACGAGUGCUUUCUCCUGUGGCCCAUAGCCUUCAUCCGGCAGUACAGACACGAGUCGAUCAAGAAUAACAAGAAUAAUAAUAAUACAGUGAUUCUGAGCCAAUCCAACAACAAGUGCGAUAAAAGGCAAACUGUGGUCACCCUAGAAGUCGGAAGGAGGUGUUCCACAGGAGAGGGUGUCUUCUCAUUCAGGACCAGCAAUGGACAGGAGGUUAUGCGGCAACUGAAGCGGGCCAUCACUAAUUGGGCCCAAUAUAAGGCCAACUGUCGGUCCAACAGCCGGUUCGCCAACACCUCCACCACCCCCACGACAACCGUCGGGCACCGGUCGCACCGGUACUCGCGCUCGCGGAGCUCAGCCCCCUGUACGCCAAACAUGUCCGACGGCACCAGCAGUACGUCGGCAGCCCUGCGAGCCGUCACUCCCUCACCACGAAAGCAGUUCAAAGUGCGUCGGGGCGACACCGAACCGCCCCUCCCGGUGACCACUGCGCCCAAACUCACCAAAGACAAGAGUAGGUCCAUCUCGGAUGACGUCAAUUAUGUGAUACCUAUUUUCGACGACAAUGAGGACAAUGAGGACACCCAGAAGUCCAGUGACGGCGAGUAUAUCAACAACUAUAAGACGGACAAUGAGGACACCCAGAAGUCCAGUGACGGCGAGUAUAUCAACAACUAUAAGACGGUGACGAACAAGACGUAUGAGUCGUGCUGUAGGCGCCGUCAGUCUAGCGACUCGUGCCAUAGGCAGAGGGUGUCCACCAAUUGCCAUAAGAGUGUCGCCAGUCGUAGUAAUAGCGGGAACAGUACGAUGAGCACCAGUGAUGAUAAUCGAUGUGUCGACAGUCCCAUCGGUGGUGACACUACUGUUACUACCGGUGCCGUGGAGGCCAACCCCUAUCUCGAGCUGAUUGCCACUUAA